UCUCUUCUCUUUAUAUAUAUGCAACAACUUUACUCAACUAAUUUCAUUUCUACAAAAUCACUGAUAAAAAAUGGAGACACGGUUGUUGUUCGCCUCCCUCAAUCUAUUUCUUUUAGCAGCUUCCGCCACCGGGUCUAAAAUUCCGGCAAUUUUCAUAUUUGGGGAUUCGAUCUUCGACGCCGGAAACAACCGUUACAUCCCAAAUUGCACCGUUCAGGCCGAUUUCCCGCCCUAUGGAUCCAGCUUCUUUGGCCGCCCCACCGGAAGAUUCACCAACGGCAGAACCGUCGCCGACUUCAUCUCUGACUAUUUAGGCAUUCCACUGCAAAAACCAUACAUGGAGAUUAUGAACGCAACGGAAAAGAAAUUUCCGGCGAACGGAAUCAACUUCGCCAGCGCCGGCAGCGGAGUUCUUCCGUCCACCAAUAAAUUUUCUGGAGUGACAGCAAUCCAAGUCCAAUUGCAACAAUUCAAAUCACUAGUCCAACAAAAUGAAAUAGACAGAAAAGUGGUAAGAGAUUCGUUGUUCUUGAUAGAAUCAGGAUCGAACGACAUAUUUGGCUACUUGGAACCAUCAACCUCAACACCCGAUGCCGGCUAUAUACAAUCCAUGCUCGGACAAAUCCACAACUUCGCCGACACCAUCGUCAGCCUUGGGGCCCGCCGUGUCGCCGUGUUCGGACUAGGCCCGGUCGGCUGCGUCCCAGCUAGGUCCAAUCUGCCCGGUGCCCCCCUCGGGAAAUGCUACGACAAGCUGAAUACAAUGGUGGAGAAAUACAACAUGGGGUUGCAGAAUUUGGUGAAAGAUUUGCCUCGCACCCACCCCGGCACCAUCGCUGUUUUUGGACGUGUUUAUGAAACUAUCCAGACCUAUCGAGCGCAUCCUACGCAUUAUGGGUUUGUGGAUGUGGAGAAGGCUUGUUGUGGAUAUGGGAAACUAGGAGGAGAGGUGCAAUGUGGGAAGAUGGGCUACAAAUUGUGUAAGAAUCCAAAUGAAUACUUAUUUUGGGAUUACUUUCAUCCAUCGGAACGGACUUACAAGCUCCUUAGCAAGGCCUUGUGGGCGGGCGGCCCGACUUAUAUUACGCCCUUCAAUCUUAUGCGCCUUGCCAAUAUGCCCAUCGCCUAAUUGUUUUGGCUUCAAAUUUCAUUGUUACUCCUCCUUUAAACUAUGAGGAUUAUCCAAAUGUUUUUAGAUUUUAUUUAAAUAUGGGGAUUUUAGUUAAUUCAUCUUUUAUUUACUAUAGAUUAUGGAUUUGGGUCAUGAAAAAUAUAUGGUGCAUCUAUUCUACAAUUUUAGGCAAAAGGUU